AGCUGAGUGUAAGGAAGAAGAAGAAGGUGGUGGAUCAAAACGCACGUGAUCGUCCCACGUCGCACGUGACGUGACUCAUUAGAGCAGAAGAAGAAGAUAGUCCCUUUCGAGGCAUUCGCUAGACAUUCUUCCUCAAGCACAAAGUGAUACUCCGUGAAAUAAUGUGCCUCGAGUUCUUUGUGAAGCUGAUCCUCCUUUUCUGCAACAGAGGAAUGCUACCCCGUAACUUAUUUCUAACCGCGCUAUCGUUCUCCUUCGUCAUGCUCGUCUGUCUUCAGGCGAAACUGAGCCAGCGGCCGGUCCAUCACCUCGAUUUGGACUUCCUCUAUGUAACACCGCCCAAUGAUAGCGAGGUGACGCGUGACGAAGUGCUCAGCUACCAGGAGCGCGUCAAGCGGGUCAUGGAGCAGCAGGCGUUCAGGCAUCCGUUGGUGGGCCACAAACACGGUAGCCUGUGGUUUUCGAAAGGCUUGAUGCUGCCUUGGUUUAUGAUGGGAGGCGAAGUGAGGCCGUCGAAUGUGAGAUCUCGGAAUCGUAGCAUCUGGCCUAGGGAGUCCAGCGACGACCGCAUCGUGGAUCAGCUGAUGUACCUUCCGCCACUUUAUUCCCAUCCGAAUACCAAUGAAUCCAAGCUGAAGACCAUUGUGCUGCACGGAGAUUGGGACGAUUUCAAGCAAGGACGGCAGCUGUUCACCAGGAGCAAAUGUCCAGUGGACAGAUGCCAGGUAUUCAGAAAGGAGACUUUGAAAAAUAUGCAGGGCAAGGACGUGGACGCCAUGGUAUUCAAGGACUACAUGCCGGACAUCCCCAGAACAGAUCCGAAGCAGAUUUGGAUUCUCCACCUGCUAGAAAACCCUAUGCAUACUGCUAUCACUGGCCCACCAGGUGUCAUCAACUGGGCCGCAACAUACAGGAGUGACUCUGUCAUUGUGACACCCUUCGCGAAGUUCGUCCUUUUCGAUCCUCUGGUGAAGCAGUUACCCCUUAUGGGGAGGAACUUCGCAAAAGGCAAGAAAAAGAUGGUGGCCUGGUUCGUCUCCAACUGUUUCGCGUCGAACUGGAGGCUCGAAUAUGCCAAGGAAUUGGGAAAAUACGUACAGGUCGAUAUCUAUGGACAGUGUGGGCCCCUGAAAUGCGACAGACACGAUCAAGAACGAUGCCUUCAAAUGCUCGACAGGGACUAUAAGUUCUAUCUAUCCUUCGAGAACGCCAACUGUAAGGAUUACAUCACGGAGAAGUUUUAUAAUGCACUAUGGCAUAAUGUCGUGCCCAUAGUGAUGGGUGCCAGCCCCGAUGAAUAUCGAAAGGCAGCACCCUUCCAUUCUUACAUCCACGUGGAUGACUUUGAGUCUCCUAAAGACCUAGCGCGAUAUCUCAAAGUACUGGACAGCAACAGCACCCUCUACAGCGAAUACUUUGUCUGGAAAGGUACUGGAGAGUUCAUCAACACCUUCUUUUGGUGUCGUCUGUGCGCAUUACUCCACGCCCCACGGCCACCAUCACAGAGCUCUAACUACUACGAGGAUGUUGGAACGUGGUGGCACCAUGGUACAUGCCGCACACCAAAGCACAGCAAAAAGUGGCUGGUGACUACGUCAAGAGACUGAGAACAUCUUCAGCUGUUGCUAUCACUACUCGUUUAUCUGAUGUCUAUAAUUUAUUCUUGCUCACUGUAUUAAAAUAUAAACGCUUCA